AUGCUGGCUGGACGGCUGGAGUCCUGGGGGGGGGGGGGGGGGGGGGGGGGAAGGGCUGGCCUCCCUUUGGGGGCUCCCCCGGCCGUGCCAGUCCCCGUUCUUGGAACUUCCGUGACAGGGGGUGUUUGUCCCCUUGCAGGGUACCCUGAUAUGGCCAGAGCCCUGAAUGCCACGGGCCGCCCCAUCGCCUACUCCUGCAGCUGGCCAGCCUACGACGACGGUCUCCCCCCUAAGGUGGGUCUUCCCUUCCCCGUCCGGCCCUCAGCAGAGGGGGACCAGGGAGGCCCCUGGGAUUUGGGGCAAACGCGAAAGGUGAAACACACCCUCCGUAAAAUCUGCAACCUGUGGGCAACUUUUGACAUCAGGACCGUGGGAGGCGUCUCUCCGUGGUGGACGGUACGGACCCAGGAUGUGCUGCAGUCGUGGGGCCUGGCCACGGGCACCGGACAUGGAAAGGGCGUGGAAGGGGCCGGGCCCCUGAGGGCACUGGCUCAAUUAAGUUCCCAGGACCCCUUGGGCAUCCAGGGGCGCAGGGUCCUCACGACCAAACAAAAGAUUGAUGUCUUCCUGCGCCCACUGUCCAAGAAGGCCAAAGCCAUCGUCUUCUUCAGCCGCAGGGUAGACAUGCCAUAUCACUUCCGGACCUCCCUCCGGGCCCUGAACUUCACCGACUCUGUGUUGUAUGAGGCUGAGGAUGUCUAUACUGGGGGCAUCAUCAGCGGGCUCACGGUAGACACCAACAUCACUGUGGUCAUCAACCCGUCGGGCGUGGUCAUGUGGUUCCUGUACCCCAUCAUGGACCUGGAGAACCCCAUGGUCGGAAAGAAGCGCCCCUGGUUGUGAGACUUCACUGGAUUCCAACUUACAGCCUCAACUGCCCGGACGCGGGAAGGGGGCGACCGCCCACCGCGCCGCCACGGCUUGGCUGGGCCCGAACACGCUUGGGCGCCUGUCUCCGCUCCCUGCCCCGCCAUCCUGUCCGGGUCCGAAUGCUGGGCCCGGCUCCCGCGGCAACUGGUGAUUCAGAAGCCUGACUGAUUCGUGCGUGUCUGCCUCCCUUCUAGGCAGAGGGCGGCGCGGAGGGCGCGGGGGGCGGCUCUCCAGGCUCUGCCCCUGCCCCUCUGGCUGCCCUGGACCCUAAUAAAGCUGCUCUUUAACCAGA